GAUGCAACUUCCCAUUCCAGAAACCCCACAUCCUCUCUUGCCUCUGCUGAGCCCCCUAGUUCUCUAGCACCCCAGUGGUGGUGGGAGCUGGAGCGGGUGUGGCAGGAUGCAGGGGUGAGGUGGGUGGAGCCAGGGCCCACUUCCUUUCCCCUUGGGGCCCAGUCUGCCCCAGUCCUGCCUGAACCUUAGGAGGAGUUGGAGCAGCUGGCCCCAGCUCUGCACCUUAUCAAAUUGAACUGGUCCCAACUCCCGCGCAUGCCUGUCACUCUGAAAAUGGCCCUGCUUCUCCUUCUCUUUGGGGGCUUCUGGGUCCAGGUGGUGAGCCUAGAGACUCUGAACACCACGACGAGUUGGCCGAUGUCUACCUCCAGAGGACCUACUGCUUCUUCAGUCUCAGCUAUCUCUGAAGUUCUGAACCUCAACUCAGAGAUCCCCACCAGGCCAUUAACAAGGGACCCUACGGAGGUGGACAGCACUGGAAGCCAGAUCUCAAACCCACCUUCCUCAACUACCUUUACAGACAGCGAGGUGUCCCAUCAUCGGACUUCCAGUGGUGCCAGCCCUGGGCCCCCUGUGCCUGAGCCAACAACAUCCCAGGACGUAUCCACCGAGAAGUCAUCAGUACUCCCUGAAACCUCUAAUGCAACAAGUGACCCUUCUGUCACUGUAGCAGUGAACUCCUUGGGAUACCCAAAUGGGACAAGUGAAACCAUGCCAUUUGACUCUCUGGAAACCGCCAGUGUGACUUAUGAACUCACUGUAGUCAUGGCAACUACUUCUCUGGAGACCUCCAACAAGACCAGUGCACCCUUUGUUACCAUGGCAACUAGCUCUCUGGAACCCUCCAAUGAGACCAGUGAAUCCCCUGUCACCACAGCAACUAGCUCUCUGGAACCCUCCAAUGAGACCAGUGGACCCCCUGUCACCAUGACAACCAGCUCUCUGGGGAUCUCCAAUGUGACCAAAGGACCCUCAGUGUCUAGCCCCAAAACAUCUGCAUCUACUACCUCCAAGUCCUCUAUAAGCAUAAGCACUAGCACCCCCACAAAAUCAGGGUCGAAUGGCAGGCUGCUGGUACCUGUGCUUGUGGCCCUGCUAGUGGUCACAGUUCUCCUGGCACUGCUCCUGCUGUGGCGCCGGCGGCAGAAGAGGCGGACAGGGGUCCUGAUGCUGAACAGAGGCGGAAAGCGCAAUGGAGUGGUGGAUGCCUGGGCUGGGCCAGCCAGGGUCCCUGAUGAGGAGGCCACGAAUACCAUGGCAGGAGGGGCUGGGGGCAGCAAAGACGCUGGAGUCACUGAGAUGGAGGCGUCCGGCCAGCGGCCUACACUCACCACUUUCUUCAGCAGACGGAAGUCUCACCAGGGCUCCUUGGCGCUGGAGGAGCUGAAGUCUGGGUCAGGUCCCAACCUAAAGGGGGAGGAGGAGCCACUGGUGGGCAGGGAGGAAGAGGCUGUGGAAGCCCCCACUUCCAAUGGGCCAGAAGUGGGGGAUGGGUCUGCACCUUCAAGCUUGUAAAUAAAGCAGUUCUGAGGAUCCCUGCCAGUGCCCGUCACUUUCUCCCUUAGCAUGACUUCCAACCCCAUCCUCAGCAGCAUGUUCACUCAGCACCUCUGGACUCUCGCCCAGCAUCUUUACUCAGGAUGGCACCCAGCUUCCCAACCCUGAUCUUCCCGCCGCCAUCUUACCCAGCACCACAUCUAGCACCUAGGCCAGGCGCACCUGCGGAAUGUUUGUGGACUACAGGAAUCGGCCUUCUUUAUCAACUCUACUUCCCCCACUUUCCCCAUUACUUUUUGUCCUUGGAAUCAGCUGCUGAGUCUCCAUGAUGCCCUUACUUGAUUUCUCUAAGGAUCCCCCUCGGGGACACGAGUUCAGGAAGAAGAAGGAAAUGACAACCCUCCAAAUUCCCUAGGAUUAAACUUUGUAGAUUUUGUGAGUCCCGCAGUUAGGGCAGUCCUACUGGGCCAGCCCAGGGACUUCCAUUCACUCUGGACUAGCCUGGAGCCGGAGCUGGGAGGAGCCAUCCAGUCGUGUUCUCUGUGACAUUUCCCAGAGCACUGGACUCUGGGCUGGGCCAUAACCCAAGCCACCACCCUGUCCCCUACGUGUGGACUGAAGCAGCCAGUGACUUCAUUACUUCUUCUUUCCCGGACAGAGGUGAGAAGAGUUCCUGGCUGGGUAUAGUUCUUGGAGGUCCCACACCUGCCUGGGUCCACUCAUGUGUGCCAUGUGUGCAAGAGGUGAGGACUCGGUGGUGUUUACGGAGGGUAGUGGUGAGUGCAGUGUGAGGGGAGAAAUUGGGCAGAGACUGAGGAGAGACCCAUCCCAGGGUGGGGGACACAGGGAUCGCUCAAAAAUAAAUGUGCUCUUGUCUGCUCAGAUGGGGUGCACACAGCAGAAAAUUGGACUCCCUGUAGCCCCCAAAGAACGCACAUUUGAUAGACCAAAUGUGUCACGGAGUCAGGUUCUUCAGCUUGGCUACCAUUUCCAACACACACACACACACACACAAGCAAUGGAGAGGAGGGCAGACUGGGCACUGCAAAAACCACCUGUCCCUGUUGCGUGUUUGAUUUGCUGUCUGCGUCUCCUCCUCCGGGGCCGAGUUUCUUCCAUUCUCUGAGGGGAAUCAGUGAGAGUGAGUCAGAUAAGGAGAGGGGUUGCCCAGGGAGGGGAGUGCCGGGGACUUCCCCUGUGGGUCUGGGGCAGAAAGGUGGGGGCGAGUCCUACGGUGGCGCUGCCUCUGAGAGCAGCCCAGGCUACAGCCCAACAGGCUCGUGGGCCAAAGGUGGUUGCUGCUUCUCCAGAGCCAAGAGGAGAUCUGCAAAGAGGAAGUCGUUGAGUCAGGGUGCAGUUGUUUGAGAGCAAACAGACUGACCUAUAAAAAGAGAUGUGGGAGCCGUGUGAGCGUGACCACCCUGCGGCCUGGAGGGAGGGGAGGCCUACGGAUGAGGGAGUCGGGAACCGAGAGGGAGUGGAGCGUGGUGGCAGGAUCUAGCUAUUGCUUUAGGCUGUGCCACUGGCUCCUGGUCCUUGUCCAUGGGGAAGGGCUAAGCUGGCAUGGAAACGCGUCCUUUGGCAGCCAGACUGGGCACCCAGGGGCCACGCUGAUCCCUUUUCCUACUUUUCCCAUGAUGCUGUUUGGACUAACUGCAGCCCCAGAAUGGCAGAAGGGAGUUGCCCAAGUCCCUUAGGGGUACGGCAACUGCUGCCCUCGAUCUGUCAAAUCAAAUGCCCCAAUUUCAGGGUUAGAAACUACUGUCACCAGAUUGAGAAGUCAUCAGCUCCACCUCCCUCUCAUUGGAAAGAUACACUCAUUUUCUGAGCCGUGAUUUUCAGUUCCUGGGCAAAUCCUGAAGAAAGCAGGGUGGGAAAGCACCCAACAGUAAUUUCACAGUCUACAAGAUCUCAAGAUGUUCUGAGGGUUAAAACAGAAGCACAAACACAAGCAAAUUACUAAUUUCAUGAGCGCAGCAAAGGAAAAACUGAUGCAUGGCUCACUCCUGAGGGCGGGACGGGAGGCUGCAGAGAGAGCCUGUCCCAGGGUCUUUGUCACAUUCAUUGCUAUGUUUCUAGUGACCACGGUGCUUGGCAUGUAGCAGGUCCUCAAGUGGAAAGGCAUUUUUGGCAGAGUGGAUAGCAAGAGCACAAUAAAUCUAUGUUUAGCAAAACAUGGGAUAGAUGCCUUUCAAUUUUUUUUUUUUUUUUGUACUGAGGAUUGAACCCUGGGGUGCUUUACUGCAGAGACACAUCCCCAGCCCAUUUUAUUUUUCCUUUUGAGACAGAAUCUUGCUAA